GUUAUGUUAAGGAGUGUGCGCCCAGCAGUAAAUGACUCUGGCAACAGACUAUUUACAAACUGAAAUGCAAAUGAUUUUGCUGUCCUAUGCCAUAUAAUACAAGGAGAAUAUUAAGUUGGUGUAUAAUGCUGCCACUUUGAUUUACAGAUAAUUUGUAUUCAGGACAAAUUGACAAACAGCAAACAAGGCCCUUCAAGUCAUGAAAGUGAGUUUAGCAAAAUCCCAUGGUUUAGCAGAACCUGAAAUACAACAGCUCUCCUUCCCUUUCAUUUUGCUGUUCUGUUUUCCUCAAUUAGAUUUCCACUCUAAUAUCUUUGUUUUCUAACAUUUGAAACAAUAGAAAUGAACCCAUGGCCCUGUUGCUAGGUUUCAAGCUGAUUUUAUGCCGCCAACUGAGUCACUAUUUUCAUUUUUGAAUUCUGAAUUAAGUCCUGAGGCAAAAAGGAUCCUGUUUCUUAGCAACACAGAUGGGCAGAUUAUACAUUCCAGCUCUUUUGUACAACAGAAGAAUAAACAGCUCCUGGAAUAAACAUGUGCUGCAAGUUCAUCUGUUUGCUUUGCUUUCCCGGGCCUGGUGCAGAGGAGAAGGCUGGCUGUGUGAUACAGCAUGUGAAGUUUGUCGGAAAGAACUGACUUGAGAGAGUGCAGGUACCACGUGAAGUAGAAAUGGUGACCAUUCUUCACAAAGGCAAACAUCCCUUCUUCUCCUUUGAUAGAAAAAUCAAAUUUACUGCAAGCCUGGAUUUGGCCUUUGCACAGAAUCAAAGUUUUAAGCAACCUCCCAGAACCGGUUCAGAUACAUGGCAAAAGCAGCCUCCUGAUUUUAGUUACAAGCUUUAUCAAACUUCCCAACCACCACCUCAGGCACGUCAAAAAGAAAAAGAACAGAAGAAGAGCAAGAGCUCAAAAGCUGACACCAUCCAGCAGCUAUCUUUGAUAUAUUCUAGCCAGUUCCUCCCUCCUUUGGGAGGGAAGAAGAAAUUGCCCAUGUUUGUCACAAGGUUUCCUCAGGUGGGCUUAUAUGAAGCUGAGAUAAUGUUUGUAAAGAAUGGAAAGUAUAAGACUGGCACAUACCAGGAUCCCAAACCCUAUGACUUUAGGCAGUCUGAAGCUAAUAUGCCAGAAUUUGUGACAAGUUACGCCAGAGACCCUUUCAAUUUAAAGUUCAAAUCACAGAAUUUAAACACAGUUUACAGACUGGAACCACUGAUAGAAAAACAAAGAGAUGUUGACCGAAGAUUUGUUACUUACAAGCCUCGUGAAUGCAAGUGGGAUUCCAGGUUAAUUCUACCAAAGAAUCCCUGGCCACCCAAAUCUGCCUCAUUUACGAGACACAAAAGGCGGCGUGGUGCCUACACUGCAUUUCUAGAUCGUGUGGAAGAAAGGUUAAGUAACAUCUGGCAACAUGGGGAUCCCAGGCUAAUGGGCAGGACAAGAAGAGAGCAACGUAAUGGAAGUUCUACAGCAAUAUCCAACAUUCCUGAUCUAUGAAACAUAAAUACCACCACACACUCUGAGAGAUACUAGCAGUGUUUAUCCAUAUUUCUUGUACAUCUUGUUGUGUCAGGUCUCAACUUUUUGAGAAUCCUGGCUUGGAAUAACAAAGGAGAGCUAGAGCUCUUAGUUCAUACUAAUUAUCCUGGGUAGAUCCAUUAACUAAGAAGUUGUAAUAUCUAAUGUACAAUGCAGUUGGUGUAACUUUUAAAGCACUAAUUCAAAAUGGAAACAAAGUAAAAUGUAGCAUGAGUUUGCAAAA